AUGGUCAUCCUGACGUCCUUUCGUCAAUCUCCUACUUACUUGUACGUCAAGACUUAUUGUCUGUGUGCUCUGGUCACUUUAUUCCAAGCCACGCCAGUUACUUCAAGGUUGCAUCUCGCCAAUCAAGCACCUCGGCUUCGUAGCCACGGUAUCUUGACAACAAAGCCAAGCCCGCAUCGCAUACCCAGAUAUCGAGACCAAGCUGGGAAUAUUGUUCACAGCAGUGCCAAGUCUUCAGUUACAAGAAGUUCUUGGAGACGAGCCGCUCAUAUAGUCGAAAGAUGGUAUGGCAGAGCAGUUGACCUCGCUCAGGUCAAGGCACUUCUGAAGCGGGAUGAUCAAGAUCUAAAAACAUACCCGGAACUUCAAUGGGAGGCCCAAGUCCGAAAUGGGUCUUCUCUGCAUCACAGAGAGCGGGGUUUUAUCGAAUUACGCAAGCGAAAGAUAUCAUCGGCAGGCGACGACUCACUUCAUCGCUUUCUCGCCCUCCCUGCAGGCGAGAGAGUUGACCCCAGAGAUGUUCCCCUUGUGGCCCUUGGCGGCUCUGGAGGAGGCUAUCGAGCCAUGUACGGACUCACUGGCUUCAUCUCGGCAGCGAAAAAACUUGGACUAUGGGACUGCAUUACCUGGGUUGCAGGAGUAAGCGGGAGUUGCUGGACGCUUGCGGCCUACUACACUAUUGCUCGCCAUGAUAUCUCAAGGCUUGUGCAACACUAUCUCACUGUUGCACGCGAACUGGCACAUCCGAUGAGUAUCCCCCAGACCAGCAUCAUCGGACUGGGCAUCAUGGACCUCUAUGCCACGUUGACGACGACCUACCAGCUGCUGUCUCGAGAACCCAAGGGGAGGCUGAGUCGGGCUACCUUCCAAUGGUCAAAAAUCUGGCAUCGUUCUGGAAUCGACCAGGGACUCGAGCCCAUGCCCAUUCUCACAGCUGUCAGACGCGUGCCGAGGUUCUCAUACGGGUCGAAACAGGAUGUUUACUCGACCUGUUCUGUCAAGACAUUCCGUGCCAAGGGGAGGAUAAAAAAGAGUCAAGAGAGCUCCGCGGCUACUGCUCCUUCACCAGCAGAGAUGGCUGUUGAUCUUAAGCCCCAACCUAAACGACAAUUUCAGUGGUUCGAGAUUUCACCUCUCGAGAUCGGAAGCCCAGAUCUCAAUCGAUACAUCCCCACAUGGGCAUGGGGCCGCACGUUCAUAUCAGGCCACUCGAUCGAUCGACGCCCGGAGCAGUCGUUCUCUCUGCUGCUAGGUCAAUGCACAAGUGCCCCUGCAGGGCCCUUGACGGGAUAUAUAUCGACUCUGCUAGCGACUAUGGCAAAAGGGACCAUAAUGGCGAGACUGCUGUCCCUUCUCAACAGCUUUCUGAGCAUGAAGAGAUGGGAGGGCCUUUGGGGAAAUCCGAUCCGAGCAGGUCACGACCCAAACCCCUUUUAUGGCCUUGAACGGCCAAUUCGAGCAAGGGUCCACACUCCCCAGGGGUCUCUGCACGGUCCAGAAAGGGCAAAGCUUCAUCAUGAGAAGGACGUUGUUUGUGAUGGUGUUCGCUCAAUGGCUGAUGUCCCAGCGGUAGAACACUCAAUCGCUGACGUACCAUGGGAGGCCCAAGGACGCACUCGACUGAUGGAUAGCGGCAUGUCGAAUAACCUUCCUAAUCACGUCUUGGCUCGAGAAGAGCGAGGUGUCGACAUCUUUAUUGCCUUUGAUGCUUCAUCGGAUGUUCGUACAGGAGCAGCGAUUCAACGCUUGCAUCAAUUUGCAGCCGACUUUCACAUUGAGCUUGGAGAGGAAACAGAAAUAUUCCAUAAGCCAGAGCAAGAUAUUGAUUCUAGCUCAGAGGGCAUCACCAGUCAUGGCUCGGAGAUAGACUCGAGACAAAUGAACCACUACGCCAAAGUCUUUCGGGGAACAAGGCGAAACGGCCAGAACAUUUAUGUCAUUUACUGUCCACUUUUGCCAAACGACGUAAAUCUAGGUUUCGAUCCUUCGACGGCGUCUUUUUCUACGUCGUACAAUCUCAUGUGGACACCAGAUCAGAUCAGGGGCUUGCUAACGACCUCAGAGGCAAAUGUUUGCUUGCAUGCAGUUCACACAAUCAGACGGGUGAUGAGAAAGGUCUACGAGGAUAAGAAGGCGCAUCGGCUAGCCUUGGGAGUUGAGACGACGGGCUAG